AUGUUCUUCGUGACAGACAUGCCAGCGAUUUGGAGCGCUUUACUAUCAUUCGCGAUAUGUAGCCCGUGUACCUUCCCCAUUCGAUGGCGAGUCAUUCGAGCAGAUGGCAAGCGUUCACGUUACGAGGAAUCAGGCACUCAGACGGGGAAGUUUUCUUAUGUCAUUCUGGAAAAAGAGUGCAUACGACAUAGCCAUGGGCAUGUGACCUGUGACUUGUGUACUGCAUUCAAAGGAAUCCAAAGAAUCGCGGUCUCUCGCAGAACCGGUAUCCUCUACCAACGAGCUCGAACUCGACGUGAUGGUGAACUGUUUCCGCUCCAGAUGAAAACCGUAUCUACACAGAAUAUGUUUGAUUUAUGCGAUCAUAUUGAUCCUAAGAAAAUAUGUCGAAUUAGAUUCAUUUAUAAUAAAUUUCUAUAA